GUCAUAGUCAAGAAAAGAAGAAGCAAAAGCGCGAGAAAGAGAAUCCAAGAGAUCCGCCAAAAAGUAGUCCCAUUUCCUCCUUCUCUUCCUCCCUCGAUGGCCAUGGCGGCGCGGGCGAUCUAUUGCGAGCUCUCUCCGACGAGAUCAUCGUCUCCGUCGUCGCCGAGAAGGGAUCCAACACCAUCGGCGCCAGCCGCGGCGGUCUUGCCAGGGCGGCGAUCAGUGGAAAGUGGGAAAAUCGUGCUCCAACCAAGGCUUUGUACGCUUCGAUCGUACGGUUCCGAAUCGCGAAAUGGAGUCGUGAGGGCGCCGCUGGGAGGCGGUGAUGGCGGUGGUGGUGGUGUCUCGCCUUUCUUCACGUCGCUGGCGGAGUACAUCGAGAGCUCGCGCAAGAGCCAUGACUUCGAGAUCGUCUCCGGCCGCCUCGCCAUGGUGGCAUUUGCAGCAGCAGUGGCAGUGGAGAGUGUGACAGGGAACAGCCUUUUCAAGAAACUUGAUCUUCAGCAAAUUGAAGAAGCAGGGGGUGUUUGCUUGGUUGUCAUUGCCAGUGCUGCCACCUUUGCAUUGUUCUCCAGCAACCGCAAGAGAAUUAGGCAGAUGUUCACCUUGAGCUGCAACUCCCUUGUGGACUCUCUCCUUGACAACCUCAUUGAUGGAUUGUUCUAUGAAGGGGCACCUACUGACUGGUCUGAUGAUUAAUCAUAUAUAAUACUCUCUAUGUGUCUCUGUGUUUGAAGCUGGAGUAAUUGUCUCUAUUGCUUUGCAGUUCUCUGGCAACUAAACACUAGAGAUGUGAAGAUGAAUUAAUAGGUCAAAUAUAUUAUUGGUUGUUAUAGUUAUGGUGUAGCUAUUAAUGUUGUGGUGUUUGAAGGUGAGGUUGUUUUGCUCUGGAAAUUUACUCAAGAGGUGUGAAGAUGUGAUAGGCUUAUACUUUGAUGAAAACAUUUUGUAGAUAUAUAGGUUUGAUUGUCUAUAGAUUGAUAUAAAUAUAGCUGUUGUUGUGUGGGUAUGUUUGAAGUUGAGAGUUGUUUUCUAUGGUUUAUGCAGUGGUGUUAUAGCAUUAUGAUGCUCAAAAAAUGUCAAGACAUAUAUAGAUAAAGACUUUGAUUGCUAAUUAAUAAUUAUAUUUAGGUUGAUAUGUGGCUGUUAAUGUGUUGAAACUUCAAGUUUCAUUUUAUA